AUGGCUGGAGUACUAGCUGGGGAAUGUUCGUUCAGUGAGAGUGGAGUUUCAUCUCACUCAAGGAACUCUCAUGAAAAGCAAGAGGAGGUUUCCCGCUGGUACUUUGAAAGAAAAAAAAUAGAUGAAAAUUCGCCGUCAAGGUUGGAUGGUAUUGACUUGAAGAAGGAAACUUACCUCCGCAAAUCCUACUGUACAUUUUUGCAGGACUUGGGCAUGAGAUUGAAAGUUCCUCAGGUUACAAUAGCUACAGCGAUAAUCUUCUGUCAUCGAUUCUUCUUUCGCCAAUCACAUGCAAAGAAUGACAGAAGGACGAUUGCAACCGUAUGUAUGUUCCUUGCUGGAAAGGUUGAGGAAACUCCGCGGCCCUUGAAAGAUGUUAUUUUUGUCUCCUAUGAGAUAAUAAACAAGAAGGAUCCUGGUGCUGCGCAGAAAAUCAAGCAAAAGGAAGUAUAUGAGCAACAGAAAGAGCUUAUAUUGAACGGAGAGAAAAUAGUACUCUCUACAUUAGGCUUUGACCUCAAUGUUCAUCAUCCUUAUAAACCCCUUGUAGAAGCAAUAAAGAAAUUUAAGGUUGCACAGAAUGCUCUUGCCCAAGUUGCAUGGAAUUUUGUUAACGAUGGUCUGCGGACAUCGCUCUGCCUGCAAUUUAAGCCUCAUCACAUUGCGGCUGGGGCAAUUUUUCUUGCGGCCAAGUUUCUUAAAGUGAAGUUACCAUCAGAAGGAGAGAAGGUGUGGUGGCAAGAAUUUGAUGUCACACCCCGACAACUGGAGGAUGUUAGCAACCAAAUGCUUGAGCUAUAUGAGCAAAACCGCGUCCCUGCAUCUCAAGGAAGCGAAGUAGAAAGUAGUGUAGCUGGAGGGUCAGCUCAUCGCCCAGGCUCAAGAAAUGCAGUUUCAACCGAUGAGCAUGUUGGUUCUAGGCAAACAUCAGUGCGUUCAAAUUCUGAUAAUCAUGGGGGUUCGUCAAAAGGCGCUUUGAAUCAGAACAAUGAUAAUGGGGUUGGUGAGGCGGCUAAUGUCAGUGUAGAUAACAAAGAGGAGAUAGAGAGAAAAACAAAAGAAAGCCCACUUCCUGAAAAUCAUCCAGCUCAUAAGGACAGUGUGAGAGAAGACCCCCAUAACUCUAGACCUUUAGUUGAGGGACCUGGGAAGGACAACUCAGAGAGAGAGGGUGGAGAGCUUCAAGAUGAUGGUGCUGUUCAGAAAUCUAGAAAUCUUGAUACAGGUGACGCCCCAAUCAGCCAAUCGCCAAAAGACUUGAAAAUUCUUCGAGAUAAGGUCAAGGCUAAACGAGAGAAGGCGAAGAAGUUACUAGGUGAAAGAACGAGGAAAAAGGAUUUGAUGGAUGAGGAUGAUUUGAUUGAAAGAGAACUGGAAGAUGUGGAACUAGCUGUUGAGGAUGAAAAGGCGAAGCAAAGGAAUGCACAGAGCAGGCCAAAGGCUGAGAACUCUGAUAUCAUGGGUACAGAACAUGGUGAAAUUCAAGAUGUCAAAGGUGGAGUCAAAAAUACAGAGGAGGGCGAAAUGGUAAACGAUGUGUCCCCAAUGAUGCACAGCAGAAAGAGAAAAAUGGGAAGCCCUCCUGAAAAGCAGUCAGAAGGAAAGCGACGUCACAGUAGUGAGAAUGGUGAAGAAGGCCACAAGACGAGCAGAGGUAGUAGUCAUCAUGGUGAUAGAGAGCGAGAGCGAGAGCGAGAGCGAGAGCACAGAAGACACUCACAAGAGAAUAACCAUUCAUAA